CACCACCACCACCACCACCACCAGCAGUGUCUUCUUGCAAACUCCACUACUGCUCUCCAGGGACUCCCGGCAUUGAAAGUGAGCAGAAGGGAGCUCUUAGAGAAGUCUCUAGCUGUGGCCCACCAUCACUCCAGACACCCAGAAUCCUCCCUUUACCGCCAUGGGCUGGCUUUUUCUAAAGGUUUUGUUGGUGGGGGUGAGUUUCUCGGGAUGUCUUUAUCCUCUUGUGGAUUUUUGCUUCAGUGGGGAAACAAGAGGCCAGAAACCGAAUUUCGUGAUCAUUUUGGCAGAUGACAUGGGGUGGGGUGACCUGGGAGCAAACUGGGCAGAAACGAAGGACACUGUCAACCUUGAUAAGAUGGCUGCAGAAGGAAUGAGGUUUGUGGAUUUCCACGCAGCUGCCUCCACCUGCUCGCCCUCCCGGGCCUCCCUGCUCACCGGUCGGCUGGGCCUCCGCCAUGGAGUCACCCACAACUUUGCAGUCACCUCUGUGGGCGGCCUUCCACUCAACGAGACCACCUUGGCCGAGGUGCUGCAGCAGGCUGGCUAUGUCACUGCAAUGAUAGGCAAAUGGCAUCUUGGGCACCACGGCUCUUAUCACCCCAACUUCCGUGGUUUUGAUUACUACUUUGGAAUCCCAUACAGUCAUGAUAUGGGCUGCACGGAUACCCCCGGCUACAACCACCCUCCUUGUCUGGCAUGUCCACGGGGUGAUAGACCACUCAGGAACCUUGAGAGGGACUGUUACAAUGAUGUGGCCCUUCCUCUGUAUGAAAACCUCAACAUCGUGGAGCAGCCCGUGAACCUGAGCAGCCUUGCACAGAAGUAUGCCGAGAAAGCUACCCAGUUCAUCCAGCAUGCAAGCGCCAGUGGAAGACCCUUCCUGCUCUACGUGGGCCUGGCCCACAUGCACGUGCCCUUAUCCAGGACCCAGCUAUCAGCAGACGCGCAGGCCCAAGGGCCGUAUGGUGCAGGUCUCCGGGAGAUGGACAGCCUGGUGGGCCAGAUCAAGGGCAAAGUCGACCACACAGCAAAAGAAAACACAUUCCUCUGGUUUACAGGAGACAACGGCCCAUGGGCUCAGAAGUGUGAGCUGGCGGGCAGCGUGGGUCCCUUCACUGGAUCGUGGCAAAGUCAUCAAGGGGGAAGUCCAGCCAAGCAGACCACCUGGGAAGGAGGACACCGGGUCCCGGCUCUGGCCUACUGGCCUGGCAGAGUCCCCAUCAAUGUCACCAGCACUGCUUUGUUAAGUGUGCUGGACAUCUUCCCCACCGUGGUGGCUCUGGCUGGGGCCAGCUUGCCCCGAGACCGGCACUUUGAUGGUCUGGAUGCCUCUGAGGUGCUCUUUGGUGGGUCGAAGACUGGGCACAGGGUGCUGUUACACCCCAACAGUGGGGCAGCAGGAGAGUACGGGGCCCUUCAGACUAUCCGCCUGGAGCGUUACAAGGCCUUCUACACCACUGGUGGAGCCAAAGCCUGUGAUGGGAGCAUUGGGCCCGAGCAGCAUCAUGAUCCUCCUCUUAUUUUUAAUCUAGAAGAUGAUAUUGCAGAAGGUGUGCCUCUAGAAAGAGGCAGUGCCGAAUACCAGCGCAUACUGCCCAAGGUUAGAGAGGUCCUUGCAGACAUCCUUCAAGACAUCACUGCCGACAACAUCUCCAGAGCAGAUUACACUCAGGAUCCUUCAGUAAUUCCCUGCUGCAAUCCCCACCAGACUGCCUGCCGCUGCCAAACCACCCAACAGACCGAUUUUUCCAUGAGCAGAAAGAUCCAGAAAUGAGAUGGGGCAAGUUUACCCCCCAACUUCAGUUUUACCCUCUUUAGAGUUAUGCUUUCAAACUAAGUCUCAGAAUUUUGUUUUGAGGCCACCACUUGGCGCCCCCCAUUGUCCCUUCUGCCUGCUGGCUUGAGAGAUUAGCUGUGCUGAGCUGUAAUGGAAAGCACACGGGCUUUGAGUCAGACCAGGUUCAAGGCCCAGCAUCCAAACCUGGGCAAUUGUUUAACAUAACCUGCAAGCUGAUUUUGAGGAUUACCUAAGGCAGUACAUGAACAUGCCUGGCACGCUGCGUGAAGUAGAGCAGGCAUUCAAUACA